AUGUUCUUGAGGUCGAAGAUCCAGGAGGUGAUCCUGCGGAGGAGAUCGAGGUCAAUGAACAGCGCCGGCGCGCAGAGGAGCCACGUCCCCGAUCAGGCCGCGAGCUCGUCGACCGUUCCAUCCGACGGCGACGGCGGCGGGGCCGGGGCAGACGCCGCCGGCAGCAAGAGUGCCGCUGCACGUGCCCUGUUCGCCUCCCCGAGGCUGCUGCACUCUUCCUCCCUGCCCGCCGGCACCUUCGCCUUCGUCAAGAGCCCCGCGCGGGAUGCCGAGUCCGAGACGUCCUUCUCCAUGAGCCCGACGUCCGUGCUCGACGCGGCGGCGGCCUUCGCGCCAGGUCCGGACGGCGUCGGCAAGCGCCGCCGGCCGUGGCGGGCGCGGGACAACAACGGCCUCGCGGACGCGCUGGACUGCAGCGACCACCACCACCAGCAGCAGCAGGAGCGGAUCGUGCUCGCGGCGACGUCGUCGUCCUCGCUGGUCAGGUCGUGCUCCCUGGACCGCCGCGUCGAGUUCGGCGUCAAGAACAAGAGCUCGUGGCUGCCCCUCAGCACCUGCAGCGGCCGCGAGGCUACGUCGCCGGCGCCGGCCGAUCCGCGGGAGAUAAUAGAAACGUCGUCGGAGGACUACACGUGCGUCAUCUCCCGCGGGCCCAACCCGAGGACGGUGCACAUCUUCGGCGACCGCGUCGUGGAGGGCGGCGCCAGCGCCGGCGCCGCAUCGGAGAGGGAGAGCUCGCCGCGGCCGAUCAAUCUGCCGCCGCGCGGCGACCGGGGAUUCUUCAGCCUCUGA